AUGGGCGGCGGCGGCGGCGGUGUGCGUGAGCUCGGCACCGUAACGGCAGGCAUGGCCAUGAUGAACUUUGAUGAAAAGACGCGGCCAUAUACGCGGGCAGACUUUUUGAAGUUUCUGCAGAACUACGAGGAGAAUUUGAGCCCGUCAGAGAUGCGACUCAUUGAAAAGGGAAUGCUUGCCACUUUCCUGGGGAUGCCGCUUGGCUUCCUUCUCGGCUACAAGCUCAGCUCGCGCCUUGCCUGGCAUCGCGUCGUCCGUGCGUUCGCCACGGUCGACGGCAAGGAGGCUGCAGGCAAGCCGUCGUGGAUAGUGCGCAACAUCUCGGGCAUCGGAAAGACGCUCUUCGGGCUGACAGCGGCGACGAUUCCGUACUUGCUGGUGCAGCAGUGGUUUAUCUCCCGCGUGCUGGAACUGGACGAGCACGAGAGCAACCUGUCCUUUCACGUGCGGCGCCUCAUGAUCACGCAGCGCAGCGGGAUGAUGUUCAAGCGCACAGCCACGCGGGAGGUGACACGCGAGGAGCAGGAUCGGCUCCUGCAGGAGGCCACCGAGCAGAUGGAGGAGAACCGUUCGGGCCGCCGCGGUGGUGCCCCCGCAGGGGCGAUGGACGUCAACUUGCGCUUGGGGCAGCAGGUGAUGACGCCCGUGGCGCAAAGUGGCUACAGGCCCAUGCCGGGUCAGCCACCAUCGUGA